AAUAGACUUCGAGCACAAUACAGUCUGAAUCAUCAAUCACAACAGGUUGCUAGUUGUGUCUUCAGAUCAGUUUUUCUAUUCAAUAUAGUGACUUAAAGUGCGUGUGAUUUUAACAGUGUAUUCUUUUCGAUUUCAAUCGUGUGUUCUUUUUCCCCCAACCUGGCAGUAAAGAGAGGAAUGCUGAGGACUGUGGUUGAUUGUUUGGGUCUUCGGGUCAGAUUAAACGCUCUCCACCAAACUUGGAAGUGGCUGCACCAAACCAUUACCCUUCACGAGUAUCUGAUCGCCCUUACAUCGUCUCAUAAAAACAUCCACUGAGCUAGGCCCCUUUAGCACGUAAAUUUCCAUUUCAUUAAACCAAAGACUCAUAUAAUCAAUUUUGUGAUCUACUAUUAAGAUGGCAUUGUUUAAAAGCGCCAUUUUCAAUGCCAAAUCGGCAUAUUUCUUCCGAGCAGUCGCCAGGAAUUUGUCGACUGAUUCAAGUAUUAAAAAGUCUGUGUUCAUUUCCCAAUCGAAAGACAUUUACGCCAAUUUGGCGCUUCAAGAUUGGAUUUGUAAAAAUGUGGAUUUGACCGAUCAUCAUAUCAUGAUGUUGUGGCAGAAUGAACCCUGUGUCACAAUUGGUCAAACCCAGAACCCCUGGUAUGAGGCAAACGUUGCUGAGUUGUCCAAGAUCACCGGGGUUGGUGUGAAGUUAGCAAGACAGAAAAGCGAGGGACCUUCCAUGUACCACGAUCAAGGAAAUCUCAACAUCACCUUCUUCACCCUUAAAGACCGCUUAAGCCAGGUUUACGAUAUGGAGAUCAUUUCGAGAGCUGUCUUCAGAGAGUUCUCAUUGAAGAUAGAUAUGGUCCAAGAUGAGUUCAAGAUGAGAGGAAACUACACUAUUUCUGGUACAACCAAAAAGGUGGAUGAAGUAAACGCCUACCACCAUUGCAGUCUAGCGGUUAGUGUGAACAAAGCAGAUCGUAUUAGAACUCUAAAGAAAACAGAGAUUGGUGUGCAGAAUGAUAAAAAGGACCUGAAAGAUUUGAAAAUAAUGAAUAUGUGCGAGGAAAACUCCAAGGUCAAUGUUGGAAAACUGGUCAAGGCACUUGGUUGGGAAUUUUUGAGAACUCAUGCUUCUGUUGUAAAAGACGGUGGCAAUAACUUGGCCAAUCAACAGAAAGGCUUCCAAUUGAUAAAUCCUACUGAUAGUUGGUUUCCAGGCCUAGCCAAAAUCCGCUCUGAUUUGACAACAUGGGAAUGGAUUUAUGGUCAAACGCCAGAUUUCAAGGUGAACAGCACUCUUUUUUUACCAGAACAGUUCAGUAGUUUCAUGGACGAUGGCUGUAGUAACCUCAACAUGGAAAUCACAGUCAGUGGAGGCGUAAUUAAAGAUAUCACCCUUUCCAUACCUCCGAAUGUGGCCAAUAGUGGAUUUGGUGGAGUUAUCAACACUGUGACAACAACUUUGAUUGGUCGAAAAUUUUCGCCGGACCUCAUUGAGAACCUUCAAGAAUCCAUCAAGAACUUGGGUGACGACAAAUCAUGCAGCAAUUAUCUCCCAAGACAAAUAAUGACUUCUUUCUGAGGAUGGAAACAUGAAUUUUUUUCUUUGAUUUAAGCUGAAAUGAUAUAUGUUGAUAAUCCAAUCUGUUUUGAAAUAGAGAAUGUCUUUGUAUUUAGAUGCAAAAAUUAUUGUGGGGAUAUAAUUAGUUUAGAAUUUUUACUGAAUUAUUUUAUAUGUGAUUUUGUACCUAGUUUUUUAAUUAUAAUAUAUUGAUAGGAAUCUCA